AUGGAGGAUAGAGAAAGAAUCUCACCGUGUUUGUCACCUCCAACAUUGCGUAUUCCUAUAUCAGGAAUCCGUCGCCCAGGCAACAAUGAUGUGAUGUUUGGCAGAGGAGGGGAUACUAACUAUCACGAGGGAAACCAUCGCUUUCGAGCGCUGAUAGCUACGCACUACAAAGAGCGGUACCGCAAUGCAAAGACAAGGGAAGAGAAGUCCAUUAUUGGACAAGAGGUUGUGAUUCACUGGAGGUCGUCCGAUCCUCCAGGAAGGUUUCUGACAAGGACCGACGCAUCUUUAGGUAGCAACAGUUUGUGGCACGACGUCGGAGACGAAAUGGCGUUCAGGAAGGCCAUCAAAAUCCUCGGCGAAAAGACAAAAAGACAACGAAAGUCUCCCCCCACCAGAACACACAAUCAAACCUCGGAAUACAUGGAGCCUGCCAGAUCCCAAUCGUUUUUACCAUUAGCGAUAGCUACUGCCGGUACCAGUCAGAGUAGAAGAGAACUUGAAUCUUCAGGGGAGGUGCUUUCAACGGCCCAGGGGACAUCGCGGUCGACUUCUAAUCCGGAUGCUGCAACAACCAUGUCUUUCCAGCAAAGUGUGCAAGAACCAAUCCUUCCCAGCACACAUGCAUCGGGACGGAUACAAGACAGCGACGAAACUUUGGAUGACGUUGUGGGGAAAUUUUGUUUCAUCCAAGGACCUCGGGGCCAGCUACUAUUAGGGGACGGUAGCUGGACCAUUGAACGCAUAGCUGCUACGGUGCCAAAUGCAGCGUCCUUGACAGCGAUGUUUGACAGUGAAGGAGCCUCCAAUGGUACCGGAGCAAGGGAAGUCAGCCAGGCUAAAGAGGAGCAAACAGAAAAAUGGACAGAAGCAGAAAAUGGACAGAAAAGAGACAGAAAGGACAAUAAAUAG